CGCAACUUCUUGCCGUCUCCGGUAUUCUACAACGAUUCGAUACAAGAUUGUUCACAGCUUGCAUUUCAGGAUAUCUCAGACAUGACUACAUUGGACUCUAUUUUGGCAGGAAAGUAUCCUGCCAAAGCCCAUGCCCGUCGGGUUGCCGAGCGCCUUCAAGCGUCCGGCUAUGGCCGGCGUGGGGUUAUCUAUCUCGAAGCGCAGAAGACUCGGCUCAUCGAGGAUAAUGAUGAGGCGAUGCCCUUCAGACAACGCCGACCCUUUUUCUAUCUAUCAGGGUGCCCGCUGCCGGAUUCAUAUCUUAUCUACAACAUCGGCAGUGAUGAGUUGACACUGUUCAUCCCACCAAUUGACCCAGAGAAUGUCAUCUGGUCUGGCCUGCCGAUGUCUGUAGCAGAAGCAUUGCGGCUCUAUGACGUUGACAACGUUAUGCUUACGCCCGAGGUCAACGCCACUCUUGCCUCAAUUGCUUCAGGUGAUGGUGGCAAAGCAGUUGCUUUUGCAAUUACAGGUCAGAUAUCUGAAGAAAUAAAGCUACAGGGGUUCUUUGAAACCAACACUUCAAUAUUGAAUGGGGUCAUUGGAGACACACGGGUGGUUAAAGACGGGUAUGAGAUUGCACUUUUGAGGAAGGCGAAUGAUAUUUCUGCCAAGGCGCAUAUUGCAGCCAUCAAAGCUUCGCAAACCGCGGUGAACGAGCGCGAAAUAGAGGCUGCUUUCAUUGCAGCUUGCAUUGCCAAUGGCGCUCGGGAUCAAGCGUAUCACCCCAUUGUUGCAUGUGGCCAAAACGGGGCCACCCUCCAUUACGGAGGAAAUGAUGCCGAUUUGGCUGACCCAGUAACGAAACAGAAAAAACCAAGUGUUCUUAUUGAUGCUGGGGCGGAAUAUCGUACAUACUGUGCUGAUAUUACCCGUGUUUUCCCUUUGGGUGGAAAGUUUACCUUGGAGGCACGCCAGGUCUACCAGAUAGUCCUACAGAUGCAGAUGGAGACUAUCGCAAUGCUGAAGGAAGGGGUUCAAUGGGAGGACGUCCAUACGCAUGCCCACCGUGUUGCAAUCCAGGGCUUGCGUAAAUUAGGGAUUCUUCGAGGGCCGGAAGAUGAAUUGUUCGACAAGAGGAUUAGUGUGGCCUUCUUUCCUCAUGGUCUAGGACACUAUUUGGGCAUGGAUACUCAUGAUACUGGUGGUAACCCUAAUUAUGGAGACAAUGAUUCGAUGUUCAAGUAUCUCCGUGUGAGGGGCUGUUUACCAGCAGGUUCGGUCAUCACUGUUGAGCCAGGUAUCUAUUUUUGUCGCUUUAUUAUCAAACCGUUCCUCGAGUCCCAUGAAACGAGCAAGUACAUUGAUACGGAAGUUCUCGAGAGGUAUUGGAACGUCGGCGGUGUACGCAUUGAGGACAAUGUUCACAUCACCAAACAUGGCUAUGAAAAUCUGACCACAGCACCAAAGGCAUUUGAGGAAGUGGAGGUUUUAGCCUCAUCGAGAUCAACCCAUGCAUGAAAACAAUGUUUUUAGCCACUUUCAUUCUUUGCACCUCCCGCCAGGCCCACAGCUUAUACAUACAAAAAUUUCCGAAUGUUGUUGUCUUGGUAAACUACGACAGAUGCAUAAUGUUAUUAGUUUAUACGCAGUGGAAUUUCUGGGAAAUGAAAGCCUACUUCGUUCAUAA